AUGAUCCAGUUGUUUUUGGACGGUUUAACUCUCAGGAUUCAUUGUAAAACUUGCAAACAGUCAGUAGUUUUUCGUUUGUGUUUCGUUGAUGGUGACUAUAGACACACAAAUCUGACGUGGUCCAUCUCUACUCUACAGGUUCAGUGGUCUCCUCACAACGAAACCAUCCUGGCCUCCAGCGGCACAGACAGGAAGCUCAACGUUUGGGAUCUCAGCAAAAUCGGAGAGGAACACUCACCGGAGGAUGCUGAGGACGGCCCUCCUGAGCUGCUGGUCAGUUAAUUCUCCUGUGUGUGUGUUAGUCAUUAGAAAAAAGUGGCUUUCUUUUUUAAUACUUUUUAUUCUGUCUCUGUAGUUCAUCCAUGGUGGACACACAGCCAAGAUCUCAGACUUUUCCUGGAACCCCAACGAGCCAUGGGUCAUUUGUUCUGCAUCAGAAGACAACAUUAUGCAAGUCUGGCAGAUGGUGAGAGUGUUUGUUUGUCACAGGGGUAGGAAUGUUAAGAGUCCUGAAAAUCAUUUCAAUGACCGAGAAGUUAAAAGCAGGCGCAGCAUGGUCAGACUUUUCAAAUACAUUUAUUAAAGACUGAAUGCCAUUGACAGUGAAUAUACUUUACUUUCCAGGCUGAAAAUAUCUACAACGACGAAGACCCAGAAGGUGCGACAGAUACAGAGGUCCAGGCAUGA